UGCUUUAAUUGUCGGUUGCCGGCCGAAGCUCAGAUUAAACGAACAUCAAAACGUUUCCUUGAACUUGCUGGAAAAACUAGUUGCCGAUCGAGGCAAUCAAAUCAGAUGGCGUUGACUGAAGCCCUCUUCCUGGUGGUCGCCGUCCUGGUGGCGGUGUACAUGUGGUUCCAGCGGAACCACAGCUAUUGGCAGCGCAAGGGCAUACCCUAUAUACCACCCACACCGAUUAUAGGAAACACCAAGGUGGUCUUUAAGAUGGAGAACUCCUUUGGCCUGCAUCUUUCGGAGAUCUACAAUGACCCGCGGGUGAAGGACGAGGCAGUCGUGGGGAUCUAUUCUCUUAACAAACCUGGCUUGAUUAUUCGCAAUAUAGACCUCAUCAAAUCCAUUCUGAUCAAGGACUUUAAUCGGUUCCACAAUCGUUACGCCCGCUGCGAUCCCCAUCGAGAUCCUUUGGGCUAUAACAAUUUAUUCUUUGUGAGAGAUCUACAUUGGAAGGACAUUCGCACCAAGCUUACUCCUGUUUUUACCAGUGGAAAAGUCAAGCAGUUGUAUACCCUAAUGCAGGAGAUUGGCACCGACUUGGAAGGAGCUCUGAAAAGACAUGGAGAGAAGAGUUCCGGCAAGUACGUCACCGAAGUCAAGGAGAUUUGCGCCCAAUUCUCAACGGACAGCAUAGCCACCAUUGCCUUUGGGAUCCGGGCGAACAGCCUGGAGAAUCCGAAUGCCGAGUUCCGUAACCAUGGACGACAGUUCAUAAAAUUCAGCAUAGGCCGUGCCAAGGAUUUCUUUGUGGCCUUCUUCCUGCCGAAGUUGGUUUCACUGAUGCGGAUUCAGUUCUUCACGCCGGAAUUCUCUCACUUUAUGCGGAGUACCAUUGGUCACGUGAUGCAGGAGCGGGAGCGAACGGGAAUGGUCCGCAAUGAUCUCAUAGAUGUUCUGGUGGGACUGCGCAAGGAGGCAGCCGCGGAGCCAUCGAAGCCGCACUAUGCUAGAAACCAAGACUUCCUGGUGGCCCAGGCGGGCGUGUUCUUCACGGCUGGCUUCGAGACCUCCUCCUCGACGAUGGCCUUUGCGCUCUACGAGCUGGCCAAACACCCUGAGUUGCAGCAGCGAUUGCGCCAGGAGAUCAACGAGGCUUUGUUGGAGGGUGGUGGGACAUUGACCUACGAGAAGAUUCAAUCCCUGGAGUAUCUGGCCAUGGUGGUCGACGAGGUCCUGCGCAUGUACCCGGUCCUGCCUUUCCUGGAUCGCGAAUACGAGAGUGUGAAGGGAGAGCCGGAUCUCAGCCUGAAGCCCUUCUACGAUUACUCGUUCGAGAAUGGAACCCCUGUGUUUAUCCCAGUCUACGCCCUGCAUCAUGACCCACAGUACUGGACGAAUCCACAUAAGUUCGAUCCGGAGCGCUUCUCUCCGGAGAACCGCAAGUCCAUCGUGGCCAUGGCCUAUCAACCCUUCGGCGCCGGACCGCACAACUGCAUUGGCAGCCGGAUUGGCCUGCUCCAGGCCAAACUGGGACUCGUCAGCAUCUUGAAGAAUCACGCGGUUAGGGCUUGCGAGGCCACCUUAAAGGAAAUGAAGUUCGAUCCCAAGGGCUUUGUUCUUCAGGCCGACGGUGGCAUCCACUUGGAAAUCCUCAAUGAUCGUCUUUACGACGAGAGCGCCGCACCAAACCAUUGAAUUUACUUAUAAUUGCUUUAUGAGAGGGGCUUGAAAGGACUUUUUCCUUACCGUUCUGAUCUUAUGUUUUAAAACUGAAAUUGUUAUCCGUUGGAUAACACUUGUACACUACUGUACAAUUACUGUUUGAUAUUACAAAGUUUUUUAACCCUCAAACUACUCCGCUAAUAUAAAAAAAGAUGCAUAGCAAUAGCGAUUCGCUGAGAAUGUAAUCGCUUUCUGACAGCUAAAGUAAUACACAUUAUACAAUAAUCCGUGUCAGAAGCGGCGCCUUGUCUACUGAAUAAAAACAAAAUGAUUAUCAAAUUAGAUUUAAUCGGUGAGCUGGGGAUCUAUAAAAUUGCGCCACCAAUAAAUAAAAUGUAAUAUACUUUUGAUUACGAAUGCAAAUGUA